AUGGCGCAAGCUCUCUCGUGUACGUGGCACCUGCAGCGCGCCCUGCGUCGUGCUCUCCAAGCGCUCCCACGGCCCCCGAUCGACGCCGCCGCUCUCCCUGCAGCGUCACUCGGUGUGCGUCGAUCGACGCAACCCGAAGCCGACUACCAGACGAGUCUGGCGCUACAGCUCGGGCGCCGCAGCACGCGCUCUACUGCUCCUGUGGCGCAUGUCGCCGAGGCGCUGUCGCCCGACGAACUCGCGCACGCCAUAGCGACUGCACGCGGGUUUGUGAACUUUGUGCUGCACGACGAGUGGAUCGCGCGGCAGGCGCUGCACAUGGCUACACACGGCGUGCGACGCGCUGUGCUGUCUCGCGCGCAGCAGCGGCACGUGCUCGUGGACUUUGCUGCGCCCAACAUGGGCAAGAAGCUGCACGUGGGGCACUUGCGCUCGGCCGUCGUGGGCGACACGCUCUGCAACCUGCUCGAGUUCCGCGGCCAUCGAGUCGCGCGCGUGAGUCACACGGGCGACGUCGGCUCUGCUUUGGCGACGCUCAUUGUAGAGCUCAUGGAGCAGCACGUGGAGCUGCAGACGCUCACGGACGCGGCACUUGGCACGUACUACGAGUCUGGCAAGCGCAAAGUGGCACAGGCUGCCGCAGCAGUAGCAACAGACGGAGCGCACGAAGCUGUGCAGUUUAAGCGCAAAGUGGACGACGUGGUGCUGCAGCUGCAGCUACUGGGCACAGCCCACGACGCGCAGGUGGACCGUCGCGUUCGGGAGACGUGGACACGUGCGUGCCAAGUGAGUCGGGCAGCCUAUGAGCGGAUUUAUGACCGUCUGAGCGUGACUGUCCACGAGCGGGGGGAGUCCACCUACAUGCCGCUCGUGUCGCGUGUUGUCGCGAUGAUGGAGCGCAGCGGAUUGGCCGUGUCGUCACAAGGUGCGCUCGGUGUGUUCCUGGACGGACCGGACAAAGCACCCAUGCUCAUCCGCAAGAGCGAUGGUGGCUUUUUGUACGCGACGGUGGAUCUCGCUUGUCUGUACUCUCGCAUUCAUGGAUUUCCAGGUGUUGACGCCACUUUGUACGACGAGAUCGUGUACGUCACGGACCAGAGUCAGCAGCUGCACUUCCAGCACUUGUUUGCAGCGGCGCGAAAAGCUGGAUGGACAAGUCGACUGGGCAAAGAGGAUGUGAAGUUGACUCAUGCGCCGUUUGGUCUGGUGCUGGGUCACGACGGUACAAAGCUGAGCUCGCGGAACGGAGCGUUCGAUUACCUAGAAGAUCUGCUGGAUGGCGCUGCUACCGAGUGCUCGCGCCAAGCUCUGGCUUCAGCGACAACAGGUGCCAUCGCAAGUGAGCUAAAUUUGACGCAAGAACAGAUUGAUGCUCAGAAUCGUGUGGUUGGAGACGCAGCAGUGCGCUACUUUGAACUGGCUCAGCAGCGCGAGCGCAACUACAAGUUUAUCAUGAGCAACGUGCUUAACCUGAAGGGCAAUACAGGCGUAUACCUCAUGUACGCGUCUGCGAGACUACAGGGCAUUCUCCGCAAAGCUGGCGGGAAUGACCAGCUAUCAUGGGACGUCUUCCUUGGCCUGUCAGAUGAUAUUGUAGCAGCCCAAGACGUACUGGCGCGUGCCUCGACUGACUGGCAUCCGUCUGAGCGUGCGUUGGCGUUGCUGCUUGCUCAGUUCGAUGACGAAGUGGCUGCAGCAUUGGCCCAUCUGUACCCCCAUUACUUGUGCGAUUAUCUCUACCGCGUGGCGUGCCAUUUCCACGGUUUCUACGAGAACUGUCGUGUACUCCAAGAUCCUCGUCAAGAUAGUCGACUGUUGCUGUGCGCUGCGACCAACGCUGUGUUACGACGCGGUAUGCAGCUUGUCGGAGUCGAAGCCGUGGACCGUAUGUGA